GCGUGCCGCGGCAGUCGGCGCGCGUAUAACGUGUUCUAUGGGCCGUGCUCGAAAAAGUGUUUCAAGCGUUGUUUCCCGUCCCGCCGACGAAAUUCCCGGUCAGCAGCGGUGAAUUCGAAGCGGCGCGGCGCGGCGCGCAGAUCCACCGCGCACGCGUCUCCUCGAAGGCGAUCGUCUUUUCAGUUGGAACGGCCACACGGCCGCUCGUCCGAAUCAUACGGCGACUCGUCCGGGCUCGAUUAACACGUCUCGCGAAUCCCGCGGUCCCUCCUGCCGAAAUCCGCGAGAUCGCCGAGCGAACCGAACCCUCGCGUACCCUCGCGAACCCGUUCGCCGAGUGCAUCGGGCCCCCGGCUCUGUCGAUCAGCACGGUCACGUGACCGUGUGGCAACCGGUUCGAUAAUGCAGCCGAUUGGCUGGACGAUCGCGUGCCUGCUGCUCGCGGCCGGUUUUUCGAAAUGCGCGAGCACCGAGUCCACUGCGCUGGACCACGGCCAAGUGGAAGCCACGAAGAUUUUGCCGAUUUCCAAGGACACCGUCGACCCCGACGUUCAAGUGGUCAGAGAGUUCUUGGACGGACUGAUCGAUGGCGGGACUGAUCAAGGGAGCAAAGGGGCGAGGACGUUCGGAGUGAAACGUAUACAAUUCAUGCUGAUGCCUAUGGUAUACAAAAUGGGUGUAAUGAUGACCAUGCUGACAGUGUUGACGGUGAUCUCGUUGAAAGGACUGCUCAUCGGUGUGACCCUGCUGGUGCUGAAGCUGAGCACGAUAAUAGCAAAGUUUACAUCCGGCUGGCACGAAAAUACGUCCCAGCAGCCGAUCCACGUGCACGUGCACAACAGUCUGCCGAUCGCGCACAAUCAGGCGUACAGCGGCUGGAUGCCUCACAGCGGUCCAGACGGCGACGAGCAUUAUUAUUACAGAGGAUAAUAAUAUGUCGUCUAGCUCUUUCCACGGAUGAGAAACUGUUCCACCGACGACGACCACAAACGGAACCAGGCUAUCGCGCAUCCUGGUGCUUCUUUUUCUUUAUCGGCCAUUUUUCCAUUUGGAAUACGCAGCGUCGGGCCGACCGCUGCGGUUUUCUUCCCAACUGCAUACGUACGUCGAGACGAUCUAGGAGAUCGGAAACACGAGGAUCGAGGACUUUCUCGGCAUUCGGAGGCAUUUCUCGCGAACCAAAGGAACUGUACCGAUUUAACUUAACCGACAUCGACCCGUCGUCCACGGGACUUACCAGAACCCCCUCCGUACCAAGCGCGAACGGGUCCUUCUGGGACCGUUGGAUCGAAAGCGUAGAACCAAAUUCGUAGAUUAAGUCGCUUUAGUUCGAUCCCUUCGUUCCGCAAGCGCGCGCGGCUCGCCUUGAAUCGCUAGUAUUUUUUUUCUACGCGAGAGUACAAUAAUGUCUCCCUAACUGAC